UUGCAAGCAUGUGAUACCCAGAAACGUGUAAUCGGUGGGGCCUUGAAUGAGUUUGUUUUAUCUGGAAGAUUGGAUAACCUCUGCAUGUCAUUUUGCUCUUUGAAGGCACUUAUAGAUUUAACAUCCACCGAGAGGAGAAUUGAGGACGAGAGCGGGAUUAAAAUGGUGGCUUUAUAUGAUCAUGAGGAGGUUGGAUCUGGUUCAACACAAGUAGUUGGGUCCCCGGUUAUGUUGGAUGCCUUGUCACGAAUCACUUCUUCAUUCACUUCAGAUACAAAG